AAUUCAAUCCCCAGUUCUUUCAAUACCAACCCAGCGCGCAAACUAGCUGACAGCAAGUCAGAACCAUGUCGUCGUCAAGUCUUCCUAUUGCUGUACCUCCUACUGUAGCAGGCACCGCGCCCGGUAUCUCCCAAAGCACAAGUACCAACAGUGCCGACCCCACCAGCGCCAGUAGCACCCUACCUUCCUCUAACGCCAGCGUUCCCCGUGCCCCUUGUCCGCCGAGUGUCCAACGAGAAUGGUCGGAUAUUGAUACAGACGAUGGAUGCCAUGACCCUCUUGAAGCUCACUUGAUGGUUACGGCUGAAAAACAUUGGGGGACCACGCAAAAGUAUAAAACAGAAGAGGAGGCUUAUGGGAGAAAGUAGCAUUCGGCCAUCAACAGUGGCAUUGUCUGGUACGAUAAGGUCUCUAGCCUACGGAUGGAGCAGUCGAUAUUUUAUAGGUAGCUGGCAUUUUUUGCUCUUGGCAUCUUUUAUGCACGACCGAGAGGGAAUGGUUUGAAUUGUAUUAUUGAUGUUUUGAACGACAGAAUCGGCUGCUGUUAUGGA